AUGCUGCUUCUGUAUCUUCAACUGCAGGACAGCAUUUCGAUAAUGCUCACAGAGAGCAGCGACAAACUUUCAGACGAGCCGAUUAGGACCGGUGACCGUAGGAAGAAAACUCCGGAAUUCCAGACAAUGCAACACUCUUUGCACACCGAUUCGGAGCAGAAGAAGCCUCGGAGGAAAGAUACCCCGGCCAUCCACAUUCCCCCUUUCAUCCCAGGUGUCCUCACGGAGCACUUACUGCAGACCGGUGAUAUCCAGGAGAAACCCUCGGAGGAUGGGAUGGGAUCUCAGGGUCAUAAGCCCGACCUGGAGCCGAAAAAGCCACGGAGGAAAGAUACCCCCGCAUUGCAUGUACCCCCCUUUGCUUCAGGGGUGAGGCUGCUCCGGGGAGAACGACACAGAGUGAUCCUAGAAGACGACGAGAAGGAGGGAGAGAAUAUCCCCGUAUAAAUCCACCCUCCGACGCCCCUUGCCAGUCGGUUAGAACGGGUCCCCGGUGCUGCCCCGAGAAACAGAAAUAUACUCUUUUUCCUCCA